AGUGAGAGGACCGCAGUUUCACAUGCUGAUGAGGGAGCAAUCAGGGGAACUCACUACGGCACCAAAUCAUUAGUCCGAAGUGCCAGGCUCUUUGGAUGGGUCGUCCCAUAACAGCGAACAGGACCGAAGAGAUCACACUGGGACUGUGACCUAGCCAUUGAGCAUGAAGUGGAACUUGUUCAAGAAGAAGCCAGAGGCCAUGGUGGGGCCUGAGCCCACCGGUGCCACCACAAUGACGGCAGCCCCUGCUCCAGCAGUUUCCACUGCAGCUGACAAUUCCACUGAGUCUGGUGGGCCGGUCAACAAAAAUGAUUUCUUCGAGGAGAUCAAAAACAAGUUUGUCAAUGAGAUUGGCAAGAUCCCAAUGCCACCCUGGGCCAUCAUCGCCAUUGCCGUUGUGGCUGCCCUCCUCAUCCUUACCUGCUGCUUCUGCAUCAUCAAGAAGUGCUGCUGCAAGAAGAAGAACAAGAAGAAGGGAAAAAAGGGGAAAGGCGACAUGGGGUUAAAGAACAUGAAGGGAGGCGAGAAACUACAGGAUGAUGAUGAUGAUGACGAUGCAGAGACAGGAAUGACCGGGGAUGAGAAGGAGGAAGAGCAGAAGGAGGAGGAGAAGCUGGGCAAGCUGCAGUACUCCCUGGACUAUGAUUUCCAGGAUAACAAGCUCACUGUGGGAAUUCUCCAAGCAGCUGACCUCAUCUCCAUGGAUACAGGCGGCACCUCAGACCCCUAUGUCAAAGUCUUCCUUCUGCCUGACAAGAAGAAAAAGUUUGACACCAAGGUGCACAAGAAGACGCUGAACCCUGUCUUCAAUGAGUCUUUCGUGUUCAAGGUUCCCUACCAAGAAUUGGGUGGGAAGACUUUGGUGAUGUCCGUUUAUGACUUUGACCGCUUCUCCAAGCAUGACAUCAUUGGAGAGGUGAAACUGCCAAUGAACACAGUAGACCUGGGCCAGCCCAUUGAAGAGUGGAGGGACCUGGAGAGUGCUGAGAAAGAGGAGCCAGAGAAGCUGGGUGACAUCUGUAUCUCACUCCGCUAUGUCCCAACAGCAGGCAAGCUCACCAUCUGCAUCCUGGAGGCCAAGAACCUCAAAAAGAUGGAUGUGGGAGGACUGUCAGACCCCUAUGUGAAGAUCCACCUAUUGCAGAAUGGCAAGAGAUUAAAGAAAAAGAAGACCACAGUAAAGAAGAACACGCUGAACCCCUACUACAAUGAGUCCUUCAGUUUUGAGGUCCCUCUGGAGCAGAUGCAGAAAAUCCAAGCCGUAAUAACAGUGCUGGACUACGAUAAGAUCGGCAAGAAUGAUGCCAUUGGCAAGAUCUUUGUGGGCAGCAAGGCAACGGGCACAGAGCUGAGGCACUGGUCUGACAUGUUGGCCAAUCCACGGCGCCCCAUUGCUCAGUGGCAUCCGCUCAAGCCUGAGGAGGAGGUUGACGCCAUCUUGGCAGCACUAGCCGGCAAAAAGUAACCCCAUUCCCAUCCCAACCCACCAACCCCACUCCCCAACUGUGUCUCCACCCCCCACCUCACUGCAUUGAUAUAUCUUGUCUCUUAACAAUCGACUCGGUAUCUCACACUGCAUGAGAUUUGCGGAUCACCACCCAUGGCAGCCGUAGUCAAACAAAUUGACUGCCGAGAACAGUACAUUUUGGUUUUUUUGGUUUACAUCGACUGUAAGGUCACUGAAAAUGAGCGCACGGCAAGUAGGGAGAAGCGGACGUAGGGAUUCACCCAUUUUUUGACGCAUAUAGAUUCUGUAACAGAGCGCGUUGGUGCUAUGUGUCUGCAGCCAAGGCACACUGGGGAUUUUUUUUUUAUUUGCAGACGGCAUGUGCAGGAAUGAGAUGGUUUCAGCUCAGCUGAAGUGUGUGUUUUCUCUUUUCUUUGUCAACAUGUAUAUUACAAAGCCAUCUUAGCCUUUUAGGCUUGUUCUCUUAAAAAAAAAAAAAAAAAA